GGGCAGCCCACAAGCUGUUCGUAACUCGUGAUGAACUCAUCAAUAGCAGGCUGGCUCCUCUGCCUCACGGCACUCUGCCUGUGGGGCAGCAUCGGGACCCUAGCCAAGGCCAGCGCCGUGCAGUGGUCCUUAUUCUUUAAAGCUUAUAGCGUCGGCGUCGGCGCGAGCGCAAUGGUGCUCGCCGUCGCGGCGGCACCGGAGGUACGAGCGAUCGGCGGGCACCGCGGCGCGGCGUUCUACGGCAUCUUUGGCGGCUUGUGCGGGUGCGGGGGCAGCAUGUGCUUCCUGUCCUCCAUCGAGAUGGUCGGCGUGACGUUGAGCUAUCCUGUGGUGAUGGGUAUCGAAAUGACCUUGGGGACGUUCCUGCUCUACCUGCUGGACCGGGACGCCCUAAACGUGGGGCCGCUGCUCGGGGCGCUGCUGUGCGUGCUCGGAGCCGUGGCCCUCGACGCCCUGGCGCAGCUCCGGCUCGCGGACAACGAGCCCCGGGGGGCGCCGCCGGAGGAGGACGGCCUGCUCGGAGCCUCAGCGUUGAAGCGCGGCCGGUCGCUGGGCAAGGUCGAGUUCCUCCCGGAAGGAGAUGAUGACGAGCUCGACUACGUCUUCGACAGCGACCAUAGCGACGACGCGUGCGUCCCGAUCGAGCGCCUGGUCGACGCGCUCUCGCCGACGAAGACGAAGAAUCAGUGGGACGACAAGCCGCAGGGCGCACGGAGAGGCGUCCGCCGCGCUGUGGCGGCGGGCGUGCUGCUGAGCUUCUGGCCCGCGGGCGAGGCGCUGGCCGUGGACGCGGGAGCGACGGUCCCGGCCUGUGUGGAAAUCAACCAGUGAAUUAGGUUGACGCAAUUACAGGACAACGUCGCGGGGCGCCGUGAAUUUGAUUUCCACUCAGGUCCCGGCCUUCAUGGUCGUCCUGGGCCUGUCGCAUUUGCUAUUCUGCCUCGUCCUCCUGCCCGUCCGAGCCGCCUACCUCCGACGGUCGGGCUCGAAACAGCCGCCGAGCGUCGGUAUCUGCAGCGCCGCCUGGGGCUACGGGUUCGUCGCGGGCGCGGCCUGGUUCUGCGGGGCCGUGCUGGUGUUCAUCGCGGGCGAAGAUAUCGGCGUGACGGUUGCCGUGUCCGUCGCUCGUUGUUCGCCGACGGUCGCGGCAUUAUGGGGGCUGUUUUACUGGGGCGAGGCCGAGCACGCGUCGCCGCGGGCCCUCGCUUACAUUGGGGCAAUGUUGUGUCUGUACGGCGCGGCGAUCGUGCUCAUCGCGCGGUCAUCGGCUGCGUAAGGCAAUGUGUGUGUGCAUACAA